GCUGCUCAUUCAAGAACAAACUCUGAAAGUUCAGAAAUUAAAAAGUCUGGCUUAGUGGCAACAAAAAGCCUAGGCCUUGAUUUCAGAGAUGUUGCUAAAUCUAGAAAUUCAAGCCCACAGCUAGCUGCAGAAAUAAAUAGCAGCUGUGAAGGUGAGCACAGUGAGAGAACCUUUGGCUUGACAACACAUCAAGAAAGAAAGCUUGAAAAUGGAAAUGGUGAUUCAUUUGAUCCAGGAAGGUCCCUGCCACCAGGUAACUUCUACACAUCACGCGGGUUCUGGAAGAAAAUGGAAGAUAUUCCAAAUGAGGCAGAUGCAAGUGUAAUUUCAGACACUGAAGUAAAAUGGGAGCGUGACAUUGUACCAGGGAAAGAACUAGAGUAUAGGAAGUUUAUUGGCCAAUCUUUACACAUACAAAACCCAGAUGAUGUAUAUUCUGAGUCAGUAGUACCAGCUUCAAGGGUUGCAAUCAACCCUGUGCCUAAACCUCAAAGGACAUUUCGAUACUUGACAGAGCAUGAUGCAUUUACCAACUAUGCUAAACACGCAAAUAAGAGAAUUGGUACCCGUCCACCUUUGCCUUCUUACCCUCCUCCAGAGUUAAAGAAAUAUGAAAAUGAAAGCUUAAAAGGGAAGUCCAAGAGAAAGUCAUAUGAAUUUGAGGAUGCUGAGGGACUUCAUAUUCUCUUGACUCCAUCCAGCAGUGAAAAAGUACAGAAUGAAUCUGCUGAAUUGUUAAAAUCUGCACUUUACCAUGCUCAGUCUGAAGAAAAUAUUUAUGAGGAUAUUAUGGAUCCUGCCCGUGAAAGUCCAUAUGAAGAUAUCAAAUAUUUGCCAGUAAUUUUACUGAAGAACACUCCACCAUGGAAACCUGGUGCCUUAAAGAGAGCUCUGCGACCUCCAAAGGUGGUGCUAAAAAUACAGGAGAUUUUUGAUGCUAAAAGAGGAAAGAAGAGAGUACGAACCCAGCAGCCUUUGGGGCAAGAUGCAGCUCCAUCAAAAGGUGACUAUAGUGACAAUGAAAGUGAUACCGAAGAUAACCAGAAAGGUCGCAGAAAGCGGUUUGUAUAUGUGCACUCCACCCUUAAACGGAAUCCUCGUUAUCAGACUCUUGAAAAGGAUCUAAUUGAGCUACAGGAACAACAGCUCUUCGAACUUUUUGUUGUGGUGUCACUACGCAAGGUGUCAUCAAAAUCUGGUUACACUCCUGAGAUCACACAGCGUUUCCCAAACAGGGAUGAUCAUGGACAUGAGCAGUCCCGUGAAACUGAAGAGCGGUUAAAAGCAAUUCCCAAAUUCUGUUUUCCAGACUCAAAAACUUGGACGACCAUGACUGACUUUACCAGUGAAACCUUUUCUUUUGUGCUAACUGGAGAAGAUGGAGGAAGAUGGUUUGGAUACUGCAGAAAACUGCUGCCUUGUGGCAAAGGAAAGCGCUUGCCUGAGGUAUAUUGUAUUGUCAGUCGGCUGGGCUGCUUCACUCUUUUUUCCAAGAUUCUAGAUGAGGUGGAAAAACGUCGUAACAUUUCUCCAGCACUAGUGUAUCCUUUCAUGCGUAGUGUUAUGGAAGCUCCAUUCCCAGCACCUGGCCGUACUAUUACUGUGAAGAACUUCUUACCGGGAUCAGGCAAUGAGGUAAUUGAGUUGUGCAGACCAACUGACUCUCGCCUUGAGCACAUAGAUUUUGAGUGUCUGUUUCAGUGUCUUAGUAUCCACCAUCUUGUCCAAGUUUUUGCAUCUCUCCUGCUGGAAAGGAGAGUAAUUUUUGUUGCUGAUAAAUUAAGCACAUUGUCUAAAUGCGCACAUGCUGUAGUAGCCCUUCUAUAUCCGUUCACCUGGCAGCAUACAUACAUCCCUGUUUUGCCAGCUUCCAUGAUCGAUAUCACCUGUUCCCCAACUCCAUUUAUCAUUGGAAUCCUGUCUGCCUCCUUACCCGAGCUCAGUGAACUGCCUAUAGAAGAGGUGCUAGUCGUCGACCUCUGCGCUAACAGUUUUUUGCAGCAGAUUUCAGAUGAAGAAAACAUUUUGCCUCACAAGCUACAAGCUGCACUGGUGUACAUUUUGGAACAGCGCAAUGACAUUCUGGCUCAAGAAAGGAACACAGAAGAAGUCACGCUUAGCACUCUGGUUUCUGAAGCAUUUGUCAGAUUCCUUGUUGAAAUUGUGGGCCACUAUUCUUUGCACAUGUCUGUUAAUGAAAAAGGAGUGAGAACAUUUCAGCAAGAGGCUUUUCGAAAGUCCCACACUUCAAGAUCUGUGCGACAAUUCUUAGAGCUAUUCAUGGAAACGCAGAUGUUUGCAGGAUUUAUACAAGAUCGUGAACUGCGUAAAUCUCGAGUCAGAGGUUAG